AAAACUGGCAGCGAUACGCGAUCGUUAGAACAAAUAAAGAAAGAUCUAGAAAACCACGAAGAGUAUUUGUUAAGUAUGAGCAGGAACAGAACCAACUCGACGCCUCUGGGAGUGAGCGAUUUGGGCGAAAAGCCGUAUGUUAAACCACCAACUAAGCCUGAGAAGAAGUACAAGAUUAUUUAUCCAAAUAUCAUACAGAAAUGGGCCGAAAACAUAGCCAAGAAGCUGCACGCCACAGAAGAGUACGUUGUCCGUCGACAAGCGCUUUUAUCCCGUUUUAGAAACGUGAAGAGCGGUAAACGAGAUGGCGCUGCCAUCGUUGAUAAAGCUGCUGGGGCCUUUGCAGACUUGCUGAUGAAGAGAGCCUCCGCUGCGACAGCUAUUAUGAGGAAAGCUGAGCAGUUGCAGAGUCAGACUAAAGCACCAAAGGAUUACCAGUUCAAGUACAGCUAUAAACUGGGCGAUCCAAAGCCAAAACCAAAGAAGCCAGACUCACACGACUACUACUUCGUGAAACUGCUGACGUGUCGCAGUCAAAACUACGAGGUGUUGCACGACAGCUCACACUUUGACGCCAAGAUGUCUCUCAACUCUAGCAGCGUGCACGUCGCUACUGAAGUAUUUGACUGCGAUCCAAAUGUCCUCCAAGACAUGCACUGGUCAGAAGCUCUAGACACAGUGUUCCGAGACAACUACCACCAAGACGCUUCACUUGGAUUCCAAUAUUUCUGCAGUGCCAAAGGCUUUUUGAGACAUUACCCGGCUGCAUCCUGGGAAUCAAUGCAGAAGCUGGACUUGUCGCUGGAACAGGAAGAUGACGAAUACCAGGACAACAGUCCAACGGGCGUGUACGAUUGCCGCCUGCGUCCGUGGUAUGUGAGCGCGGGCGGCGCGCCGAGAGAUAUCCUUAUCAUGCUGGACGCGUCUGGGUCCAUGUACAACUCAUCGAAUAAGGUGAUAGCCGAGCAGUUCAUCUUAGCAUUGCUCAGUGCCCUGACAGACGACGACCACAUUAACGUGCUGAGGUUCAACAUCACGGUCACACCGAUCAUUCCCUGCUUCGGUGAGGACGUGCUUAUAUCGGCGAACCAUAUCAAUACAGCGGCCAUAAUGGCAUCGAUGAAGUACCUGCAGUUCAAGAAUGAGACGGACAUGGCAGUGGUAAUGACGCACGCCGUCCGCACUUUACAAGAACAGAGGGAGAAACCGGGACGUCGUCGGCCCUGCCAGCAGGCGAUCGUGCUUAUCACAGACACCUUGAACGAGAAUAUGACGGAACUUAUCCAACUAUUGGACCCUGAUGGAUUGAUAAGAUUGUAUGUGAUCUGGUUGCACGACCCGUUUGGGGUGAGAGAUAGCACCCGUGACUACAGCCUCCAUCUUAGCUGCUCACGAGACGGCUACUUCGCUGAGCUCACCACACACGCAGAUGUCACUGAACAGGUUUUGCGCCUUCUUCGAGUGCUAGAGCGCCCUCUAGUGGCCCAGAGGAAAGAACGCCUCACGGUUUUCAGCGACGUCUACGCGCAUGUCGAGGAUCCAAGGCGCAGUGAAGUCCACUGGAUAGAGAAAGAAAACGUAGAACAGAGAGACCGCUACUUCGCGCUACGGCGCGACAAGAAGAAGCUACUCGACCCGGCGCAGCUUAUGAAGGAUUACAUGCAUUCAGUUAGACUAGAUCAAUAUGGACAAUACUACGAAUCAAUGUACGGGCAUGGAUAUAGUAUGGACAAUACUAUCGAUGUAGACUAUCGCUUGCAAAUAAGCGUCUCUGUGCCUGUAUUUGAAAACACGAUGUCGGAGAAUGUCACCAUCACUCUGGCCGAAGAAUUGCACAGGAUAUCAACAAGGACGUACCCUGUCAAUCGCCUUCUCGGAGUGGCAGGAGUUGACAUUCCGAUCGAUCACUUAAAACUGGUCCUACCCUUCUAUCAAGUAGGUGCCGGUGGCACACUAUUCAUAGUAGACCACAGAGGAAAUAUUGUGCUGCACGAAAACUUGAAGCCUACGUUCGAUGGAGAUAUUCUCAAACCGGGGUAUCGAACAGUGGACUUCCUCGAUUUGGAGCAAGAGGCAGAAAGUCAUGUGCCAAGACCAUACCCAGAAAAAUGGAUCAAGUUCCGCAGCCGUGUCCUUAUCAACAGUACUAAAGGCACUGAAACCCACGCUGGCAAGUACAUUUUCGAGCAAGGAAUGCGAGCCCUCAUCGAAGAGCGGGAAUACCACUGGAGAAGAGUUCAUGAUCACUACACAGUAGUAGCUGUUUUGCCACGCCAUCGGCAGCCUCAUGUUGUGCCUACUGCAACAAAAUUUACGCAGAAGAUGGCGCAAGAAGCAGUGAAGGCAUUGUCUGAUCCUGACUUUGUCGUUCACCCUGAUUGGUUAUACUGUCAAUAUAUCCACAAAAAGUUUGACAGCCCUAAGUCAGAACUACUGGAAUUCUUGGGACGUCGUAGACACGAACCAAACUUUCCUAUGAAAAGACUGCAACACGUGUUCUCGCCUUUCCUUGACGGGAAUGGUGACCUGGAAUCAACAUAUCAAUGCGACGAAGAGUUGGUGGCGCGAGUGUGCUCUGACGCGAUCGCGUCGGAGGCCUGGGCGAGUCGACAGGACGGGCCUGACGUCUCCUGUACUGAGUGCUAUUUCGGCUCUGUCACAGCUUUUAUCGCCACGGAAAGCGGUCUAACUCGCUGGCAGCACUGGCACGUGACCGGCUCAGUGAAGCCCCCGGACGGUGCCCUGUGGGCGCGCGGCCCGGACGAACCGUGGUACAUCCGCGCAGCCGCCGCGCCGGGCACGCUCAUUGUUCAUGCUCCUGUCGCGCCGAUCCGGCUACGAAGGACCACUAUGACGGACGCUGUGCCGCCCGCGCUAGGAGAACAAUCAAAAUGGCUGACAGCAGCUCGAGUGCUGGAGCUACAACGAGAGAACGAGUCAGAAAAAGCGGUGGUCGGCGUUGUGGGCUACCACUUCCAUCCGCAGUACAUGAGAGAUGUGCUGAAGGAAUUCACUGACUUUGACUAUACUCCAGACGACGACCCACUACACACAACGUGCGAUGGCAUUUACUGGUUGUGUCUGCUAGUGGAUGACGAAGGAUGGGUGGUGGCUGCCAAUGGAGACACAUAUGAAGACAUGGAGAGUCACGACGUGCCACUCCGGCGUCACCUAGCCACGCUAUACCCGGCAGCCAUGACAGUUCUGCUGAAGCAAAAGGUGUUCGACCUCAACUGGAUACACGACUAUCAGGCCGUCUGCUUCCCUCCAGCUGAGGAAGAGAUAUCAGCGGGACCUAUAAUGCCUUCGAUAUUGAGAUCAGUUUGGCACGCCACAAAAGCGGUAGUCCGUGUAGCUAGCGAAGCUCUUCUUAUUGUAGCAGUUUCCACUUACGGAACUCUGGUGUCUAGCGAAACUGCCUUCGAAAAGGAGAAGAGAAGGAGGGCUACCAAAAAGAGUUUCGAGCGCGAGGCUUUUGACAGACUCUUCGACGAACGCGUACUCGUCAACCGGACUAGGAUCGCUGCAUGCGACCGGUCGCGACCACUUUACGUAUUAAAUCGAGCAAGGGCAUUAAAAGCGUUUAACCGUCCAGUUGACGAGGCUAACUGCGCAUGGCCAAUAGCUGGCGCACUGUUACCUCGUACCAACUUACUUCUAUUGGCGCUGUUCAAACCCUGCAUGGAAGAAAGCGUUCCCACACCGCUGCCCGACCCUAUGAUUAAUCAAAAGGUGGCAACAGAAGACGAUGAAGAGCCAAAAACGGUUCCGUCAGCAGCGCUGCUAGCUUGCGCGCGCAACGUCGUACCGCUACCCACUCGCCCACCGCACACCGCCUGUUUCCCACAUCGCUACCAAGAGGAGGAAGGCUACCGGCAAUGCGGUCCAUGGCUACCUGAUGAUGAACAACCAGACGAGGAUUCUGCCUACGAUACUAACAUCUCACGAAUGCUUCUAUUUUUAGCUGUUUCUGUGUGGCUUGUUGUAUAAAAACUCACAUGAAUUAUUACCCAAAAUACGUACAGUCAAUCAAUCUGAAUCCUAGGCCACUGUAGAACCCUUUCACAGUAAACGUCAAACUGACUUCUAGAGCAAAUAAAGAAAUACGACAGGGUUCUAGAGUCGCCUAGGAUUCUAAUUGGUUGACUGUAAUCACGCGUAAAUAUUACAUUGCUGUAUUACAAUGCUGGGGUAUUGACAGCCAGCAAUAUGCAUGUGUAGUAGAGAUAGGAAGACACUACGAAAUUUUUUGUGCUAAGACCUUACACAUAAUGCAGCACACAAAGUAUUCCACCAAAGAUGUACCGAGGUGCCAGUAGAGGGUUAUUUGCUAACCAAAAAAGACUAUAGAUGCAUUAAGCGAGGAUGAACGCACACAACUUAAGAGAAGCAUCCUUGCACAUAAAUUAAAUAGGUAAAUUUGUACAGAUGUAGUACGAAAAGAUUUGUGUUCGUAUUGUUACGGAAACGUACGAAUGUGUCAUGUUAUUUCAGUCAGUCGCAGUACAAGUUGUAUAGACAUUGACUGAACUAGCAUGACAAGUUCGUAUUUGCCAUGUUUCCAGAAAAAUACGAAGGAAACCCUUUUCGCACUACAUCUGUAAAUACUAUAGUACUGAAGAGUUCAAGAAAGCUGCCUUAAGGAAGUAUCGUAUAGACACACAGUCGUCAUAAAUAAAACACUUCGUCCAUCAACUCUUUUAAUUCAAGAUUCAACGUUUGGUUCGGUAUAUCUAUAAUACUGAUGUCUACAUCACAAGUUUCUGUACGGCUUUAGGUAAGCUUUGUAAACGGUAGACUACCUAAAUGUCUUAUGGAAUUUAAUAAACGUUAAGAACUGAAUAAAUUGGUUCUAUAUUAUUUACCCCGACUUAAUUAAACGAUAUUAUACAUCAUGACAUAGAAAAAAUGACAUUCCCACAGAAACGGUAAACUCGCAAAGGGUUGCGUUAGUAUAGAAAACCUUUGUUAGUAGAAUGAAGUAAAUGUGUGCCACGGCAAGGUGCCUUUUCUGUGAGAGGGCCACAAAAAUCCAUAUUCAUGGUGUAGUUGGUACAUUAACUAAAGGAAAUGCGUACUCGUAGUACUGAUAACAUCUUAUUUUAAUAAUAAACUUUUCUUCUUAUAAUUAGUAACGACAAAAAAUAAGUUUAAAUUAAACAUGAUAUUUGACACAAUCCUUAUUAUUAAUACUUUGUAAAUGGAAGUAUUUGAACAUAAAAAGUACAAUCUUUAACUAUCAGGGACCGGAGAAGGUUACCACACAAAAGGGGUUACCACUGAUUUACAACCCCUAUCAAUACGGCAACCACAUCGCUAACUUCCUCAUAAGAGAGCGUGAUCAGUAAUAAUACUACCAGUAAACCUUUAAAGAAUUUUCCUAUCAAUUACGUUCGGAAUGCAAUUAAGUUGUGGCCAUGCUGUUGAGGUAAAAAUCAUUAACACAUUAUUCAACGAGUACAGUACAUUAAAUAUAGGAAAUACAACGAUAGGGUUACCAUAUGAUUAGGGUAACCAUUCAACAGCGUUACCGAUCAGGUUAAUCAAGGGCUUCCAGUCCCUAAAAUACACAUCAACGAUUCUUAAAAUGCAAAAGACUUCCAGUAGGAUUUGCUAUCCUUUUCGAAAUAGUAUAGAAUACCAGCAUUCAUCAUUUUUAUUGAAUAUUUGAUACCAAUUCGACGUAUUUUAAGUUUAGUAGACCAUUGGCAUUUUUUAAUGAAUAGGUAAUUGAAAUUAGAGGCUCUGCCUGCAUUCAAUUAUCAAAAUUAGAGUACUAAAAUGCAUUUAUAAUACAAAAUUCGAAUACAUUAAAAACCUAAGUUAUCAAAUAACACUUCAAUAAAAACUAUACAUAGAACAACAAUAAUAGUAAAAAUAUUACGAAACAUACCUGUUUAAAGCUAAGAUGAAGUAAUGUAUUAUUAUACCUUUGUAAUAUCUAUUUCUUCUCUAUUAUUUAGAUAAAAAUAGAUAUAGACAUAUUUUACAAUUUCCGUAUUACAUAAAGUCCUAUCUACAUGCUACAAUCUUCAAAUUCUAUUGUUUUAAUUAAAGUUAUUUAAAGUUGCGUUCGUUUUAUUCAAUCGUAUUUAAUUAUGAUAAUUAUAUUUGUUGCUCCAACGUACAUAACUUUUCGUCAGUUUCUGUUAGGUACUAACGUUUUUUAGUUUCAUUUUGCACAUUAUUCGUCUUUGCUACCAAUUGUUCUGAUUCUGAUUCAUUCUCUUCCCAUUUGUUUUCAAACACUCAUUGGCUUUUACAAAAAUUGUAAGAGAAAACGCACAUGCAUACCACUAAC